AGUGGUGCUGCGCUUCGCUGCUGCUAGCUUAAUGCUAGCGAGAAAAGCACACAAUCACUUCUGAAGGACGGAAAGCACCGCCGCCGUUGUCCGGAACAUUCCCCCACCUUUUAUACCCGCUCAGCGCCAUAAGAUAAACCCAGCAGAGUGUGGCACCCAUCAGAACACUUUGGCCAUGUCAGGACGGAGGAGAGGAGCUCCAGCACGGCUGCUCAAGUGUGCCUUCUGCAGAAGCAACAAGGAUUGCGGCCAGCUGCUGCUGUCUGACAGCCAGAAGGUGGCAGCCCACCAUAAGUGCAUGCUUUUCUCAUCGGCUCUGGUUACGUCGCAUUCAGACAGUGAAAACAUCGGAGGAUUUUCCCUUGAUGAUGUCAAAAAGGAGAUCAAGAGGGGAAGCAAACUGAUGUGCACGGAUUGUCACCGACCGGGUGCAACCAUCGGCUGUGAGGUCAAGACGUGCCGGAGGACGUAUCACUAUUAUUGUGCAGUGAAAGACAAAGCCCAGAUCAAAGAGAACCCGUCGCAGGGGAUUUAUCUUAUUUACUGUCGCAAACAUCGGGAUGCGUCACAGGAUGAUAUUCAAGAUGAAGAGGAAGGCGUGGCCAACGACUCAGACUCAUCGCCUCCACAAAGCCGGGGCCGGGGGAGAUUUGAGAAAAGCAGAGCUAAGGUGGCCUCUCGAGGCCAGUCGGAAGAAACCCGCUCCACUUCGUCCUCGCAGGCCGCAGACGAGGAGAGCUCCUCCCAUCGGGACAGGUCCCCACUUCGUGCAAGUCCUGGCGAUGGUGGCCAGCGAUGUGGCUUCUGCCACGCAGGCGAGGAGGAAAACGAAACAAGAGGCGUCCUGCACACAGAUAACUCCAAGAAGGUGGCUGCGCACUACAAGUGCAUGCUUUUCUCCUCGGGGACGGUGCAGCUUACCACCACAUCGCGGGCUGAAUUUGGAAACUUUGAUGUAAAAACAGUCAUCCAGGAAAUCAAAAGAGGCAAAAGAAUGAAAUGCACACUUUGCAGUCAGCUGGGUGCUACUAUUGGGUGUGAAAUUAAAGCCUGUGUGAAGACCUACCAUUAUCAUUGCGGGCUGCAGGACAAGGCCAAGUACAUAGAAAACAUGGCCCGCGGUAUUUACAAACUCUAUUGUAAGAACCACAGCGGGAACGAAGAGAGGGAUGAGGAGGACGAGGAGAGAGAGAACCGCAGCAGAGAGAGGGCAGCGACUGACCAUGGAGGAACAGCAUCAACGCAACUUAACGGCAACUAGGUCGUUGGUGUGGAGAGAAGAGGAACUGAGAGAAAAGGAGGACAUGUUUUUAUACUAAAUCUUAGUCUACUCACACAGUCAUGGUCCAGGAGUUCCCCUCGGUCUCCCUCGUGAUUUUUUUUUUAUUUUUUUAAGUCCUUUUUUCACCCGUCAGUAAGUGGACAUGAUGCUCCGGUGUGCACCAGAUGUCGUCGUUAUGGGAACCUGUUUGGAUUUGGCUGGGUGGUCUCCACAGAUUAGCGUUACCAUGUUGAAUGCUGGACCUUUGCAGCGUGCUUCAAAGCUGCAGCUAAUCUCUCUCUCCAGAUUCAUAGAGGCGAGCAGAUUAAUGUCGUUACUACGAACAGAUGGACUGAUCAUCACUUAAUGCCCAUUUCCCCCCCUUGAACCAUCAUGGAACGGUGAAUCUUUUCCUGCCCUCCAUCAGCCUCUGUGGGACUGACUUUCACCAGGGCUCCAUUUGUUACUGGUCUCUCUGAAGCUGUGCAGUUUGACCUCGUUUCUGAUACCACGUCUUAAGAAUACUCUCCAUGUUAGCCUUUCUUUCUUGAUAAUGUAAUAUUUUGCUACCGUAUACGGAUCAUUAGUACUUUGGAAUAUCCAGAUUUCAGACAGUGAAGAGUUUUGCCAGCAUGCACUUGUGUUUCCCCCACUGUUUUAAAGGUGGUGUUUUUGUUUUGAUCAGAAGGCUAAAGGGCAGCGUAGAGCCCUUUAAGUGACGGGGGGGGGUCGACUUUGUUUGGUGUACUGUUUACUUAUAUCUCAAAUGUACUCAUGGAUGAUUGGAAUAGAAAAUAUUUUGUUUUACACAU